CUUCGACAUAACACCUCGCCUCUUAAGAUAUACAUGAACAAGCAAACGCCUCGGGAAGCUGCUAAGAAAAGCCGAAAAUGUCGACUAUAGCUUCGCCGCGUGCGAGUUCAUCCAUACGCAGCCCUUCAUCCACCCGCAAUUCGUUCGAUAGCUCCACAAGACCUCCGCCAAAUGCGCGCCGCAAUCGCACCGCGUUACGAGACUAUUAUGGGAUAAAGAACGCCCAGAAAGAGACCGAUGCCAGAAUAUCCGAAGAGUCGACAAGGAACGGGCUAGGGCCAGAGGAAGAUGAAACCUUGACAGAGCUGGAUGGUGCCGAUUUCAAUGCGGAGGCCUUUGUGGACAGCCUGCUUGCAAAAGAGGGUUUGAAAGGGGUGCUGAAGGUGGAGGCAGAUCUUGUGUCACAGAUCCGGAAUCUCGACAGCGACAGGAAGUCACUCGUCUACGACAACUACUCCAAGCUGCUAUCUGCAACUAGUACGAUCCGCCGCAUGCGCGGGAACAUGGACCCUCUAGCUCCUACCACUCACACACUCGGCCCUGCCAUUGCACACAUCGCCGAAACCGCCACCUCACUAUCAUCUUCUAUGCAAGGUCUUCAGAGCAAGCCCAAGGGCCUCGGCAUCGAUAUACACAUUCAGGGGGAGCCAAAGGAAGAGGAGGAGGCAGCCAGAAAGCGGAGACAGCAAGAGACUGUUCGAUGGGUGUUGGGUACGCCCAGGCGUCUGCGCGAUUUGGUUGAUCAAGAGCAGGAAGAGGAGGCCGAGAAGGAAUGGGAGGAGGUCAGCAAGAUUCUCGAGAAGUGGAAACACGUCGCUGGCGCCGAAGAACUCAAAGCAGCCUGUGAGAGCAUUCUGAACGAAAAUGCCGAAUCAGAUUGAGCUUGAAGCUGUCGUAUACUGAUCCGCACGUCUGGCAGGACAUGUGCAGUCGCGACACAACUCCGCAGAAGAGGAACAAGCCUGAAAAUGCCAGCAUAAGUGU